UAGAUCUCGGGGUCCGCCCUCGCAGUCUCGCCCACUUGCCUUCACCCGCAACCCCGUUCUUUUCGGUUAUUUUCUGCUACGGCCGUUCCCCGCCCUGCCCUGGGCCCAGGGGGCCGCGGUCUGAACUUUGGUCAGCUGGAGGAGUCGCCCCUGACCUCCGUCAGAAAUGGGGAACGUGCAGUCGGAGUCGUCCGCGGGUGGGGGCUCCCGAAAAGAGCAGGCCUUGGACCCGUCCUCCGACUCCCGCCGGACAUCACUGUUGGAGCCCAAGGGGACCCCCUCCUCCCCGGCCAUGCGCCUGGCUCGCGGGCUGGGCGUCUGGUUCCCUGGCAGCUCCACGUCCCCGGGCCUCCUGGUACCCCCAGAGCCCCAGGCCUCACCCUCACCCCUGCCCCUGACCUUAGAACUGCCCUCGCCAGUGACGCCCCCUUCAGAGGAGGCGACUGCGGCCGCGGUCUCCACACCACCCCCGUCCCCCGUGGGGACCCUGCUGCCCGCGCCAUCUAAGUGGCGAAAACCCACAGGCACUUCGGUGCCCCGGAUCCGCGGUCUGCUGGAGGCAAGCCAUCGCAGCCAGGGCGACCCUCCCAACCUCCGCCCGCUGCCGCCGCCGCCCCAGCAACUAACCGGAGAGGACCCCGACCCUGUCCCGAGGGCCCCAUCCCCGACUCCGCCGCCCUUGGAGCCGCCACUACCGACACCUUCCGACCCGCAGCCCCCAGAACGCAGAAGCACUCCUGCUCUGGCCACGUCCGCCGCAACCCCUACAGAAAGCCAGGCCAGGCACGGUAGCGAGGGCCAGAUGACCGGCAGAGGGGCACCUCCCCAAGCAGGCGAGGGCGAAAUGGCCCGGCCUGUGGCCUCCGAGCCCGGCCUGAGCCUGUUGUGUAAAGUCACCUUCAAGUCAGGGCCCCAGCUGUCCCCUGCGGCAGCGUCGAGUUCCUUAGCGGCCAAAGCCUCUCUCGGGGGCGGCGGCGGAGGAGGACUCUUCUCCGCCGCCUCGGGCACCAUCUCCUACGCUGAGGUCCUGAAGCAGGGACCCCUGGCUCCUGGGGCCUCUCGCCCCUCGGGAGAGGUCCCUCGGGGAACUCAUGAAGCAGAAGGCGGUGAUGGAGACGGCGAGGGGUGUUCUGGACCACCCUCGGCGCCUGCGUCCCACGCCCGGACCCUUACUCCUCCAUCCUACACCACCUUUGUAGGCUCGAAGCCCAAAUUUGACUGGGUGAGCCCACCUGAUGGCCCUGAACGCCAAUUUCGCUUCAGUGGAGCUGGCGGAGGCGUCGGGGCGCCCCGACGGCGCGCAGUCGCGCUCUCAGGGCCCAGGGGCUCCCCGCCGCCUCCGCCAGGGCGGAUGCAUCCAGCUCCCAGGCCCCGGAGGCCCGCACCCACCUUGCUGGCGCCGCCUGUGUUCAUCUUCCCGGCGCCCACCAAUGGCGAGACUGUGCGCCCCGGGCCUCCCAGCCCGCAGGAGUUGCUGCCGCCGCCGCCAGCGCCGCCGCCGCCGCCCACGCCACCACCCACGCCGCCUCCCGCGCCGCAGCCGCCAGUACUCCAGCCAACGCGGCUGCCCGUGGCGCUCCCGCCCACCCCAAGCCCUGGCCACUUGGAGUCGGCCGUGGCUCCCGCCCCGGCUCCCGCUCUGCCCCUCGCCUUGGCCGCUGACCGGGCCCCAGGCCCGGCCUCACCCCCGGCUCCAGCUCCCACCGUGGCUGAGCCAUCGCCACCUGCGCCCGCGCCCGUCAAGGUCCGCACGCGCCGGAACAGGGGUCCCCGCGCAGCCCGGGCCGCUCCGCGUGAGGAUGGCGCGCCUGGAGAUGGUCCUCGCGAAUGUACUGCAACUACUGUGACUGACAGCGGUGGUGGAGGGGGGGGUGGCAGCGGGGCUCCUCCAGCGGGGACGGUUAACUCGGUCGCCACGCGCCACUGGCCACCCUUCCAGGUGCUUAAGUCUUGUCCCUUCAAGUGUUACUGCCGCCACCAGCCGCGCCAUCGCCGCCUGCCACGCAACGUGUCUGCCUGGCUGAGCACACCCACCAACCACCUGAGUGAGCCACCCUGGGUCACCACCAUCAAGCUGGCCGGCUCCCUGGUAGCUGGGCUGGAGCACUACGACUUGCAGGCUACCCAUUCCAACUGAGUGCAGUCUGCUCAAUGCCCUCUGCCUUCCCCUCCUUGACAAUAAAAUA